UCUUACAUAAGUCGAGGAAUCACAAUGAGAAUCACCGUUCUAUUGCCUCCGUAUCUCAGAAACCAGUACUACGUGGUCUCUACUUGAAUUCGAAAGUCAAAAUAUGAAAACGUCUUUCUGCAAUACCCACGUGCGGAUCUUAGGUGGUUCUAUCGUUUCCCACCAGAAAGCCGAUGUCCAUGCUCGAAAUCUGGCUGUUCCAUCAUCUGGGUCAUUCCUGAAGCUCGAUAAGAAGCAGUGGAAUGGGGCGGAUCUGGGGCUCGUGGUCCGGUGUGCGAGUUCGGCUCCAGGUCCCGGUCCCGUGGCAGAGGUGGUGGAAGAAACGGAAUGGAACGAGAUGAGGAAUUGGUCAGAGAAAUGCAGCGUGCAAGGAGGGGUGGAGUUGCUGGAGUGUCUGGAGAGAGAGGCAAUCAUGGGAGAUGACGAAGGGAAAGAGCCGACGGAUUACAGCCGGAGAGCUCGCAUCUUUGACAAGAGCUCCGAGGUUUUUCAGGCUCUCAAGGAACGUGAGACAGAGACAGCUUCUCCCUAACUCUGGACACGUGGUUGGAUAAUGACGAUGAUGUUUUUGUUUAUUGUAAUUCAGUUCCUUUCCCUUCGAAUAAUUUCAAAAGGUUAAAGUCAGAAACAAUAUCCUUUCGCCUCUCGAGGACACCAAUGAAGCUGUUCAAAAGUGUCUUUUUCAUGCAGUGAACACCUUGUUGACAAGUAAGUUUCUCUGACUUUA